AUGCACGACCUCAAACCACUGAUUCUUCCCAAACUCGUUGCUGCGCGCAAGUCGUCCAAGAGCUCUCUUGACAUGUCUGCCGACCCAACCUCGUCUGUCUACUCCUGCGCCGACUCUGGUUUCUACUCGGCUUCCGAGUGCUCCACGCCGCCCACGCCAAGUCUCUAUGCGCGUGGUCACUUCCGCUUCCCCAGCUCGGCCUCUUCUCUCUCGUCAAGUCCACCAACUCACGAGAUCAUCGAUGCUGCCAAUGCCUCUGGCAAGCUGCCUAAGCUGACUGAAGAGCCUGUCGAGCAAGAGUACCACUAUGGAAAUGAAGAGACGCACCGCUGCUCAUGCGACACUGACAAUGGCCACGAAACCAACUGUGAAAUUGCCAGAGCCUAUGAAUUCCAGGACGAGUACUUCCGCUCCGUGGAUGCGGAAAUUCGCAUGGCCAAGCGUCGACGAUCCCUGGAGUCAUCCGCAAACAACAUUACCAACAAGAUCGAAAGACGUUUCCCUUCUUUGUCGCGCAAGGUCAGAGAACGCAAGAGGGCCUCGUCAAGCUUCAGCAGGGUCUCGAGGAGUGAGACGCCAUCUCGUGUUCCGUCCACACGUUCAUCGUCGAUCACCAGCUCCAUUCGCCAUGUCGCCUCGUUUGAUGUGUCGCAACAGUACUCCCAGGUUCCCACGCCUGCUCACAGCAUGGAGCAACUCAACGAAAGCCCCGUUUCACCCAUGGAGAUCGACGUCGCCAAAGCCAACGCCAUCGACAUCGACAUCGACCCGGAGCAGGUCGACGCUGAGCGUUAUGCCACUACGCCUCUUCUGCCUCCGCUGCUGAUGUGCCGGGAUGACCUGCCGGCGUCGUCGCCCCUUCAGUCACCCACCAUUGCUGAUGCAUCGCAGUCAUGCGUUCCUACACCUAUGGGCACCCCACCAGUUCGAGCUUACCCUACGCCUACGUUGUCGGCCAAACCAUCUUUUGCGUCCAUCAAAACAUCGCGUCCUGGAUACGCUGUGGCAUCUGCAGACAUUCCACCCAUGAUGCUGGCCGACCCUAAUGACAAGUGGACCAAUCUCCUGGGACACGCGAACUUCACCAUUCUGCCGGAACCCUAUGCGCUCGAGCGCUGCGACGCAGCUUCGUUGCGACAGCUCUUCGCCGACUGGGAGCAAGCACGCUGCAACUAUGCAAAGCAUCAAGUGCGAACCGCAGAACACUACGGUGUGACCUCGAAGCACUACACGCUCACCGAACAAAAGUGGGCGGAGAUCGACUCUGAGUGGAGGAAGAACCACGAACUAGCCACUUCGCACGCCGCGGCCAUCGGCCAGUUGUCGCCAGUCGAGCCAAUGUCGCCAGUCGAGCCAGCUCCUCUCAGUAAGAUGCCUACGCUCAACGAUCCGAAGAGCGAAGGCAAAUUCCCCAAGCUUGGCGACGAAGACAUCGUCGGCCCGAUGGUCCAAAUAGCCUCACCGAUGAUGCUCAAGACCCCUUCGCGCAAGCGCGCCUUUUUCAAAUUCCUUAGCGACCUGCUCCCCGGUUCUCUGCUCGGCCGUUCGUCGGCUGGCAUUCGAGGCCAUUAG